CCGCCGACUCGAUUGACAGUUAAUGACAUCUUAUUUUCCUAAACUUAUGGUGACUGCUAAGCAAAAUUUUGUGAUUAAUUAUUAUAAUUCGUAAAAUACAUUAUAAACUACGUGCUAAAACAAUUUAUCGUAAACCAUUUCCUCAGAUCCCUUCGUGUAUGUGAAUUUAUUAUUUCGGUGCACUCGUAACCUAACAAAUGCAGGUGGUAACGAAAGUCCGUCUGUUCAGGAGCCCUUACACUAUAUUUUUCAUAAGCGAAGAUGUUAGCGUACUGCCUGAUGAGCAGUACUACAAGUCUAUUGGCGUAAAAACGGGAGAUUGCUGUGAAUUUGAGAUUGAUGGAGAAGAAGCGAAAAAGAAACUCAAGCUGAGAGUAAAUGCUCUUUUCUUACAGCCUUUCGUAAAAGAAUGUGUGAAUUCGGACGUUUACAGGUCCAAUGUGGUGUCACACAUGAAUAGACUAGGAGGGUACCCUGAAUGUGGAACUGUGUUCUUGAAAUUAAUUUUGGAGCCCCCAGACACAGAAAUUAUUGACUAUGCUUGGAAUGAAAGAAUACUGAAGUUGAUUUGGACCAGAGUAGAAAUAGAGAAUGCAUUUUCAUGGCUUUCAACACUCGGAGGAGCUUAUUCAGCACUGGGAGACUAUUUUGAACAUUGUGCUGAAGAAGCAGGCAGAAUAUCGCUUAGACAGUACAAGUUAUCUAUAAUGCUUGGAGACGAUGGCUUGGCAGCAAGGAGUCGGCUAUAUUCAGCUCUGUCACAGGCCCAGAAAGGCAACCUGCACAUAUCCCGGAACAUCGUCCGCAAUGUAGCAGCAUUCGGUCGAGCUACACAUGAUAAAAGGCUAAUACGCAUGUGUCAAGGUGUUUGGGCAAAACUGAAGUAUUUAAGAUCUCUUAAAAAAUCUGCAGAACAAAGCAAAGACUGUGAUAUAAGUAACGGUAAAAUAAUGAAUGAUUUGUCAAUAUAACUUUGAUACCUAGUGUCCUUGAAAUGUAAAUAUAGAGGUUUGUUCACAAUGUCUUUUGUGCAAUAUAAAGUGCAUUAUUAUUUUAAUUAAGAUGUAGUUCAGUUAUUUCCUAAUUUACAAGCAACAUUUAUACUCAGUUCUUGUUAUUUGAAUCCUGUGUUCCGGAAAAUAGAUAGUUAGCAAUUCCUACCAUAUACAUUGUUGAAAAGUAAUAAGUGCAUUUAUAAAGAAUUAAAUGGAAACAAAGGAUUAUAUUAUCUAUAAUAUAAUCCUUUGAUAAUAUUCCCUCUGGAGAUCUGUAGAAGAGUUGUGUUGCUAUAGUCUGUUGUAUAUUUUAUUAUUUACUUAUUCAGAUAGUAGCUUAGUUAUAUGGUAUGAAUUUUAUCUUAAUUACACUAACGAGUAUUGAGUUUUAUUAUACAGUAGACCCGCGACCGUAUGAUUUGUCGAAUUAUAAAGCACUACCUCAGACCCCCUGUAGCCCAAUUUCUUUUUGGCAAACAGGUCUCUUGUGUUCUCCAAUUUCGUGAUCGUCUUGUGUUUCUGUCUGGAUUUGUGUACAGUCGAUCAACAAGAACCAAAUUGAUUUUCCAAAGUUAUACGAACUUUCUGAAUUAUUUCAACACAAUACCGACAAACGGUGAAGAACAGUGUGUGGAAACAUUGAUUAGGGUUAACGGCUCAGGCUGUUGAAUACGCCCGGCGUGUUUUCUUUGGUAGGAGUCGGACAUAUUCCCAAGACGUGCCCAGAAGAAAAGCAUAGCAUGGUGAUGCUUUAAUCUCCUCUACAUGGAAUACUACAACACUGGUAGCUGAGAACUGCCGAAGUGAAGUAGAGUGAGUCUUAUAGGCGUGCGAGUAACCGCCGGUUCACUGUUCAUUUUGACACAGAAGUACCAAAUUGGCAUGGUAAUUCUCAAAUCCAUUUUGGCUAUGCUAUUUUGCUUAUAGUUUCGGAAAGCAGGGUUUUGAAAUGACUGCUAUAAGCACGACUCUUCUGGCAUUUUGCUUCUGGAAUCGGAGAUAGCGCAUAAAACAUUUUAGAAUUGUAUAGUUCAGGUAAAUUAUGAGUGCUUCACAAAUAUUAUUUUUGUUAUGGACAACAAAUUACCACUAUUGAAUUAUGUACAUCUAUAUCCAAAUUGUAGUUGUGAUUUCAUGUUUGGUGCUGUAAAUAUAUUUUGUUAUUUCAA